AUGGGGGUCGCCGACGAUUUUGCGCCCAGCUUCACGCAGAAGCCCCAGCUUCGGCAGGAGGAUGAGGGCAAUCGUCUUAUCUUCGAGUGCCAGCUCGUUAGUGCCCCGAAACCCGAGAUAUCGUGGUUUCGCGGCGACCAACAGCUGCAAGAGGACGCUAGGACAAACUUCAAAAUACAAAGUGUCGGGACCAACAAGUUCCUCGUUGUUCUUGAGAUUGAUGAUGUUAUUGAAACGGAUGCUGGACUUUACAAGGUCAAGGCCAUGAACAAAAUGGGCGAGGUCGCUGCGUCGAUCAACUUGAACUUCAGUCCAAUGGACGAGCCUAGAGAAAAACAAAUCGACGGUAUCGCACCGACUUUUGCGAAAAAACCGGCUAUAAGACAAGAAGAUGAUGGAAAAAGAUUAUUAUUUGAAUGUCGUAUUACUGCCGAUCCUACACCAAAAGUUUCGUGGUUUCAUGAUGGGAAUGUUGUUAAUAAUUCACCGAGACAUAAGUUGUCAGUCGACAAAGACGGACAUUCAUACUUCGCAACACUUGAAAUAAAAAAUGUAACAGUAGAGGAUGCUGGAAAAUAUAAAGUGACUGCGAAAAAUGAACUCGGUGAAUCAAACGCAACGAUAUCCCUAAAUUUUGACAGCGACGAAGCGCCUGUUCCUGAUGACGGGAUCAAGCCAACAUUCACUGAACGACCUGUGAUCAGACAAUCUGAUGAUGGCAACACGAUUACCUUCGAGUGUCGAUUAGUAGGAGACCCCAAACCCGGUGUCAAGUGAAUACCCGACGGUAAAGCCCCGCGUUUUCCAAAAAAACCAACGAUACGUCAAGAAGGCGACUUGCUGAUAAUGGAGUGUAUCCUGGAAGCUCACCCAGUGCCGGACAUCACCUGGUACCAAGGCCAGAGAGCAAUAAACGGGAGCUCUCGCAUAAAGAUGUUCAAAAAAGCGACCGGCAAGGACACGUAUCUUCUAACCCUCGAAAUAUCGAACCCGACAAAAGCCGACGGGGGAAAUUACCGCUGCAAUGCCUUUAACAAUUACGGGGAGAGCAAUGCCAACAUCUCCCUUAACUUUCAAGGCAAGUCGUGGAACCGUUUUACCGUAAUGUGUUGCUUGGAAGAUGCCGGUGGUUAUGCACCCUCAUUCAUCGAGAAGCCACGGAUUAUUCCAAACGAAAGUGGCACCUUGAUAACAAUGAAAUGCAAGUGCAAAGCUAAGCCCAAGCCUGAGGUCACGUGGUUCCGUGGUAACAGCGCUGUAAAAGAAAAUGAGUUUGGUGAGAGCAACGCAAAUUUGAACCUCAACAUCGAGGCUGAACCAGAGCCUGAAGGCGAUGGACCGACUUUCGUAGAAAAGCCGCGAAUCCAAUCGCAGGAUGGCGGAAAAGUUGUUAUCAUGGAUUGCAAAGUCCGAGCCAAGCCUAAACCAAAUAUUGUAUGGACCCAUGCUGGAAAAGUAGUCAAGGAAUCCUCCAAAAUAAAGCUCAGCGUUGUUGAAGAAAAAGAAGGCAUCUAUUACAUUAAAUUGAUUCUUAAUGACCCUGGUGCUGAUGACUCAGGGCUUUACAAGUGUAAUAUCAAGAACUCCUUGGGUGAACUCAAUGCCAAUCUCACCUUAAACGUUGAAAUUAUUCCGGUGAUAAAAGAAAAGCCCAAGGUGGUCAAGAUUAUAAAGAAGAAGACUGUGAUAGUCGAGUGUACUGUCCUCUCAAAGUUCGCACCGGACUGUACUUGGUUCAAAGAAUCUCAGGCUGUAAAAGAAGAUGAACGGCACAAAUUGCUUGUUGAAAAAAUCAAGGAGGGCGAGUUUGCUGUUAAAUUGGAAAUCGAGCAGAUUUCAACCGCUGAUAAGGGUAAAUACAAGCUGGUUGCGAGAAAUGAAAAGGGUGAAGCUACAUCUCAGUGGUACAGAGAUACAACAAUACUUACCAGUACAAAUAAUGUUAAUAUUUCUUUCAAUGGAAUUGAGAUGAAGUUGGUAAUUACUUCGUCAACUGAAGAGUUCAGCGGCACUUAUAAGGUAGUCGUCAGCAACGAAGCUGGCAAAGAUGAGUCGAGUACAACUGUAACAGUCAAGAAGCGUGAAGAAAAGAAAAAAGAGGAAGAAGAAGAGAAGAAGAAAAAGAAAAAGGUCGAGAAGAAGGAGGAAGAAAAGGUUGAGGAGAAGAUUGAAGAGAAGAAAGUCGAGGAGAAAAAGAAGAUAGAAGAAGUCAAAGUUGAAGAGAAAAAGAAAAUCGAGGAGAUCAAAAAGAUUGAAGAGAAGAAGGAGAUAUCAAUGUCUGAAUCCAAUGGAGAUCAUACUAUUGACAGUAGUAGUGAAUUGAGUGAAGAAGAUAUUGAUGAAGAAGAAAUAGAGGAGGAUUCGGUGAGUGUCGUCGAAUCCAGCGUUACAGAAGCAAUCAUUGACGAACCUAAGUCCGAAACUUCUGAUUAUUCUGUUCUCAUCGAGGACAAGCCUGAAACCAAAACAAAUGGUAUCGACAAACCUGACAAGAAGAUUGAGACAGUGAAAAAGGAGGAAGAAACUGUUAAAAAUGGUGAAGCUACCGAAGAAAGAAAGUCUAUCAAGAAGAAAACUGAACUCAAACCAGAAGAGAAGAAAGAACCUGAGAAGAAAAUUCUCAAGAAGAAAGAACCAGAAUCUCGCGAAACUACACCGAAACCUGAAAAAGUUACAUUGCGUAAAACUUCAGUCAGUAGGAUCUCCGAAAAUGGUUCUCCUGUAUCCAGUAGACGUUCAUCAAUACAGCAGGUCGAAGAGAAGAAAUCAGAAAGUCGGCGAACAUCAAUUAUGGAAAAAACAAAAACUACAGAGAAGAAAGCAAAACCAGUGAGUAAACCAAAAUCUGAAGCAAUCGAAGAGCCAAAGGAAAAACCAGAAUCUAAAUCAAAAUUGCCUGUGGAUGAACCCACACCGAAGAAACGGUUAUCAAUUUCAAAGAAGGAACCGGAAAAUGAUAAAGAGGCCAAACCGGAAGUAACAUUAAAACCCGUUGCUGCCAAAGCGACCGAGCCUAAGGAAGAACCAAUUCCAAAACCAAAAGCCACCCUUGGCAAACCCGAGGAGUCCAAGAAGGAUGAGCCUAGUAAACUUAAACCCAAAAGUAAUCUUCUUAAACCCGAAUUGAAGAAAGAAGAAGCUGUACUAAGGCGCACAAGUUUGAAGCCUGUUCAAAAGCCGGAAGAAAAGGAGCUGAACAAGGUCGAACUAAAGCAAGUAGAAACCAAUGGCGAUGCUACAAACAAAAAUUCGGAUCGUAAGUUGCCGAAGGUAGCAGCUAAAUUCGAGAACUUCUUCAAUGUACAACUAAAACCCGUAACUAAAGAACAAAAACAGCCUGAGACGGCAGAACAUGGCUAUAUUGUCGAGCUAAAGAAAACGGAGAAAAGCAAAGUCGAAGAGAAGAAAAAGUCAAAAACUUCGAAAGUGGAUAAAGAAAAAAGCUACGAGCUUCCGGAGAUUCCAGAUUACGAGCGUCCAGUUUUGGAGAAGCCUCAGGAAUUCGAGUUCGGCGAUUACGCGGGUCGUGAUAAGACAAAACUUGAGCGACCAGCUACUCAGAAAUUCGAAUCAAAGCCCAAGUUACCGGAAAUAGUUGCGCCACAAGAGACACCUAAGAUCGAAGUUAUCCGCGAAACUACGCCUGUUGGUAGCAGAAGACCAUCACUUAUACCUGGAAGUGGUGCAAGUAGUCGCCGUGGUUCAUUAAUUCCUCCCGAGGAAUUGGGACGUAGACCUAGUCUUAUCAUCAGCGACGAGGAGCAUAGGAAGCUGCGUCCUGGAGAGGUGAUUGAGGAGAAGAAGCCAAAACAAAGUCCUUGGAAUUUAUUGUCUAAUUAUCAUUUUUUUAUCAAUAUUGAUAUUUAUCUUAUCUCCCAAUGUUUAAUUGUCAAUUGUCAAGUUCUUGUUGGCAAUCAUCAAAUUGACGCUCUGGCUCGUGCUUUGGCCAGCGUUAUUGUCGUGACACGUGUAGCGGCUGGAAAGUUGCGCCCAGGCGAGGUGUUGGACAUCAAGCGACGUCGUCCGAGUACGGACCUAAGGAGACCAAGCGUGGCGGACCUCGAGAAUAAGAUCAACCAGCCUAGCACACCACUCCGCGAUGUCGGACCAGCUGGACCACCACAAAUUGUCGACGUCCAGGAGUCGUACUCCGCCGUCGAAGAUGCGACGGGGUACCUCACCGUCCAGGUGGAGGGAACCCCCGCGCCCACCUUCAAGUGGUACAAGGGUAUGACUGAAAUCAUCGAAGGUGGCAGAUACAAAUUCCUCACAGAUAGCGAGACCAACUCCAUUACCCUUUGCAUGCGAAAAACGAAACCUAACGAUGAAGGAACCUAUAAAAUUGUUGUUAGCAACAUCCACGGUGAAGAUUCUGCAGAAAUGCAGCUUUACGUAUCAGACGCAAGUGGUAUGGACUUCCGUACAAUGUUGAAGAAAAGAAAGUACGCUAAAUGGGCUAAAGAAGAAGAUCACGAGAAAGUAGAUCUUAAAGAGGUCGAGAAACCUAAGCCAGCUUUGAAAAAAGUCGAAAGGCCAUUGCCCGGUGGAAGAAGUUGGUGCCAAGAGGGCAACGAGAUCAUUAUCUAUGUGAGAGCUGACGAAGAAAUCCGUAUUCCGCUUGAUAAAAAAGGAGAACCUAAUUGGAGCUGGUUAAAGAAGCAAGACUCAUUCUUGAAACCUCUGGUUGAUCAAAUAGCCAAGGAGGGCAAAGAUAAGAAGGUUACAUUUGAUUGCAACUUCUCUAAACCCAAUGCCAAGCCCAAAUGGUUCUUCCGUAAGGAUGAAUUGUUCCCAUCAUCAAAGUACAAAUUUGUUAAUGAAGAAGAUUCGUAUAAGCUGAUUAUUUCUAAUCCAAAAGUCGACGAUACUGGUAAAUAUACCAUCGAUAUUGGCGGAAUAACUUGCACUGCAUUCUUAACUGUCGAGGAACCGGAUCCAUCGUACACUUUCAUUAAGCCCCUGAACAAAGAAACUCAGGGUUAUUCGCUACAUGAAGCUUAUAUGGAGUGUACUUUGAGCUCGAAUUUGGCUCUCGUUACUUGGUACAAAGGAAAAACUAAACUCGAGGAUGGAGAUGUAUACAGCAUCUCGAAAGAUAUGUCUGGUGUCUGCAGAUUGACAAUUAAGAACGCUAAGAUAGAAGACAGUGAUGAAUACUGUUGUAAAAUUAAUAAGCAAAAUGAUAAGACCGAAACUACUCUUAAAAUUAUAGAGUACCCGUAUAAAUUCGUAAAAGUACUUAAAAGUCAAACGGCUGUUGAAAAAGACACUAUUACAAUGCUCUGUGAGCUUGAUGACGCUGCUGGUGACGUUAAAUGGUUCAAGGGUGACCAAGAAAUCACUGGAGAUAAGAGAAUUUCAAUAAAAGUUGAUGGCCGAAAACGAAAACUCAUUAUUAAAGACUGUAAAGUAACAGAUGCUGGCCAAUAUUCUUGUGUCAGUAAUGCCGACAAAACAGAAGGUGAACUUGUUGUCAAUUACUUGAACAGUUUCACCAAGAAACUAAAAGACACCUCAGCAACCGAACGCGAAAAAUGUGUUCUGGACGUGGAACUCCAAGACCAAACAGCCCCAGCAGAGUGGCUGUUCAACGGCAAGCCGAUCGAACCGAACGACCGCAUCGAGAUAAAGAAUCUCGGCGGUGGUAAGCAUCAAUUAGUCUUCAAUAGAGCCGAGAUGUCCGACGAGGGAGAGAUCACUUGCAAGAGUGGAGAGCUUUCCAGCAGCUGCAAGUUCACUGUUCGCAAGGGCGAGAGCAAGCCGAUCGCCGAAAUUCCGGACAAAGUCGAAGGACCUUGUUCUUCGCCAAUCGUCUUCAUCAUUCCUUACAAAGUCGAAGGAACCAAGCAGACUCCCAUAGAAGCUAAGCUCAUGAAAGACGGAAAAGCACUGCCUCUCAAGGACGUCGAGGUAGUAGUAGGCGAAGAUAAAAUAACCUACAAGAUAAAGAAGCCGCAGCGCGACCAGUCCGGCAUUUACCAGGUAAAAAUCAGCAACGGACAGGGCGAGGAAGUUAAAGACGUCAACAUAGUGAUGCAAGACGCUCCAACUCCUCCAAGAGACGUUGACGUCACCGAAGUAUUCGCUACUUCAUGCGUCGUAUCCUGGAAGGCUUCUGAAAACGACGGAGGCUCUCCUAUCACCAAGUAUGUCGUCGAAAGACUGGACAUGAGUCUUAAGAACCAGUGGGAGAGCGUCGGCGAAGUUACGCCUGAUGAAAAAUGCGUUCUCAAAGUCGAAGACCUUAAAACUAAGAAAGAAUACAAAUUCCGAAUCCGCGCUGUCAAUAAAAUCGGUACUAGUGAGCCUGCGCUGUUCGGCAAGCCGGUUCUGGCUAAAGAUCCUUGGGACGAGCCUGGAAAACCAGGUAAUGUCGAGGUCGUAGACUGGGACGUAGAUCACGCAGAUCUAAAGUGGACAAAGCCAGACAGCGAUGGUGGUUCUCCGAUCACUGGAUACAUCAUCGAAUACAAGGAAAAGUUUGGCAAAGAGUGGGUCAAGGGCAAAGAAAUUGAAGGCGACGUUACUUCAGGUACCAUUGAUGGCCUAAAAGAAGGCACCCAGUACGAGUUCAGGAUUCGCGCCGUCAACAAAGCCGGUCCUGGAGAACCUUCAGAUGCAACGAAACCAAUAAUCGCUAAAUGCAGAUUCGUCAAGCCGUUUAUUAUCGGUGAUCAACUGACCAACUUGGUGGUCAAGAAAGGACAAGUUAUCAAGUAUGAUAUUAAAUACGGUGGAGAACCAGAUCCUGAAGUUCAUUGGUUCUUGGGCUCUAAAGAAUUAGCAGAAGAUUCUGCUGAAAGAAUAACUAUCGAUAAAUACGAACGCAACACUGUUUUGACGGUUCGCAAAACAACUCGCGCUGACUCGGGUAAGUACAAGUUGGUUCUAAAGAACGGCUCGGGCGAGUGUGAGAGCAUUGGUGAUGUUGUGGUAUUAGACAAGCCUUCUCCACCCAAGGGACCACUUGUCACCGAAGAAGUACGUUCUGAUCACAUCACUGUUAAGUGGAAGCGUCCUGAAGACGAUGGAGGAGCGCCUUUAACCGGUUACACUCUUGAGAAGAUGGAUGUCGACACUGGAAGAUGGGUUCCUGCUGGAGAAGUUGGUCCCGAUAAGGACAGCUUCACUUUCUCAGGACUGACACCGAACAAGAAGUACAAGUUCCGUGUUAAGGCUACCAACAAAGAAGGCGAAUCUGAACCGCUGGUCACUGAUGAAGCUAUUGUUGCCAGGAAUCCAUACGAUGAGCCAGACAAACCUGGCAAGCCAGAAAUAUUUGAUUAUGAUAAUGUGAGCGUGUCCUUAAAAUGGACCAAGCCUGAGAAAGACGGUGGUAGACCUAUUACUCACUAUGUCGUGGAAAUGAAAGAUAAGUUCUCGCCGGAUUGGGUUGAAGUUAUGAAGACCACUGAUGAUAAUCCUGAAGCCAAAGUAGAAGGCUUGAAGGAGAAAAUGGUCUAUCAAUUCAGAGUUCGUGCUGCUAAUAAAGCUGGUGUUUCUCAGCCUAGUGAGCCUACGGACAAUCAUAUUUGCAAGCACAGAAACUUGAAACCGAGAAUUGACAGGACUAAUUUGAAAUCGGUGGUGAUAAAAGCGGGACGUACUCACAAGUGGUCUGUUGAUGUUAUUGGUGAACCGCCUCCAACUACCAACUGGAUUUGGAGGGACAAUAUUCCGCUGACUACCACUGAGAGGAUCAAGAUAGAGAAUGUUGAGUACCACACUGACUUUUCGAUAGUUAAUGCAACGCGAAAAGAUACUGGAAAGUACACCUUAACUGCUGAGAAUGUCAACGGGCGCGAUGAAGAGUCUGUUGAGCUUACUGUUUUGGGCAAGCCUGACGCGCCUGGUGGACCACUCAAGGUAUCAGAUGUGACAGCUACCAGUGCUAAAGUUAAAUGGCAGAAACCGGAAGACGAUGGUGGUGUCCCGAUCAAGGAGUACGAAAUUGAACGCAUGGAUACUAGAACUGGAAAGUGGGUCCGGUGUGGAAGAGUACCUGGAAAUGCGGACAACAUGGAGUUUGAUAUCACCGGGCUGAAUCCUGGAAGCGAGUACAUGUUCCGCGUGACUGCGGUCAAUGAUGAAGGAGACUCGGAACCGCUGACCAGUGACAAGCCAACGGUAGCCAAGAAUCCGUUCGACGAACCACAUGCUCCUGGAACUCCUUUGAUUACUGAUUAUGACAAUGAAUCGGUUAGCUUGAAAUGGACCGCUCCGGACUUUGAUGGUGGAUCUCCUAUCGAGAAGUAUAUUAUUGAGAAGAAAGAUCGGUUCAAGCCAGACUGGGAGAAAGCGAUGGAAGUCCCUGCUAGUGAAGGGCUAGCUGCUAGGGUGAUGGGCCUGAAAGAUCGGGCUGAGUACCAGUUCAGGGUGAUUGCUGUUAACAAAGCUGGGCUAUCACCGCCUUCUGAUGCUUCUAAGAUGCAAAUGGUCAAGCACAAAGCAUUGAAACCGAGAAUUGACCGUACAAACUUGAAGCCAAUAAUUGUAAGAGCUGGCAAACAGAUAAAGUACGAUGUAGACGUACGCGGAGAACCUCCACCAGAAAUAACUUGGUACCACAAGAACGAACUCGUUAAAUCUGGAGGAAAUAUCGAGAUCGUUAAUAUUGAAUACAACACCAAGUUCACCAUAAACGACUCAGUGCGAAAGAACACUGGUGUCUGGAAAAUAAAAGCCGUGAACGCUUCAGGAGAAGACGAAGCUGAAGUGGAAGUGACUGUUCUUUCAGCACCAGGUCAACCUAAAGGCCCGCUAAAAGUUUCAGACGUUUCAAAGAACGGCUGCAAGCUUCAUUGGGAAAAACCAGAAGACGAUGGAGGAAAACCGAUCACUGGUUAUCAAGUCGAGAAGUUAGACAAAACAACCGGUCGUUGGGUGCCAGUCGGCCGCACCAACGACACAGAAAUGGACGUAAAAGGUUUGACCGAGGGUCACGAGUAUGAGUUCCGUGUCAAGGCAAUCAACGAAGAAGGAGAAUCUGAGCCACUGAACACGUCUGGUGGAAUCGUUGCCAAGAAUCCGUUCGACCUUCCAGGCAGACCUGGAGUUCCAGAGUUCGAAGAUUGGGACGUUGAUAGAGUUAACUUAAAGUGGGCGCCACCGAAGAACGACGGAGGUGUUCCUAUCACUUCUUAUAUAAUCGAAAAGAAGGAGAAAUUCUCGACUCACUGGGAAGAAGCCAUCGACACCCGGUCUGGUGAGCCCAAAGGAAUUGUUACUGGGCUGAAGAAAGGCUCCACUUAUCAAUUCCGUGUUCGAGCUGUCAACAAAGCUGGACCCGGCGAACCUAGCGACCCUACCAAGCCUCACGUCGCUAAAGCUCGUUACUUGAAGCCACAUAUAAACCGCGACAAGCUGCAGACUAUCAAAAUACGCGCAGGCCAGCAUGUCAAGUUGGAAGUUGACGUUGAAGGAGAACCUCCACCAACGAUUACUUGGACUCGCGGUAGUUUGACUCUCGAAAACACGCCAGAAUUGAAGAUCGAGAACGAAGACUACCUGACGAAACUUAUCAUGUCCCACACGAGCCGUAAAGAUACGGGCAAGUACACUAUUACAGCCGUCAAUGAUUCAGGACGUGACGAAGCUGAAGUCGAGAUUAUUAUUUUGGACAAGCCUGGAAAACCUGAAGGACCUUUGGAAGUAGUGGACGUCCACAAAGAAGGCUGUAAGUUGAAAUGGAAGAAACCUAAAGAUGACGGAGGUCUACCAUUGUCGAGCUACAUUGUUGAAAAAAUGGAUCUGGUUACUGGAAGAUGGGUUCCAGCAGGAGUAGUGGAUCCAGAGAAAACAGAACAUGUUCUUACGGGUCUAGAACCGGGUCAUAAAUACGAGUUCCGUGUGAAAGCAGUCAAUGAAGAAGGAGAAUCAGAGCCUUUGAACACAGAAAGCCCUGUGGUUGCUAAAAAUCCGUUCGACCCACCUGGAGCUCCUGGACUGCCGGACAUUGUCGACUGGUCUGAGAGCACUGUUAAGCUUAAAUGGGAGCCUCCUAUGCGUGAUGGAGGCGCUCCAAUAACUGGAUACAUAAUUGAGAUGAAAGAGAAGUUUGAUACAAGUUUUGUAAAAGCUGUUGAAACUUCUGGUCCUAAAUGCGAAGGAAUUGUUCCAAGGUUGGUUGAAGGCAAUCAGUAUCAAUUCCGAAUCAGAGCUGUUAACAAAGCAGGACCUGGAGAACCCAGUGAAGCGACUAAUCCUCACACUGCCAAGGCGCGUUGGUUGAAACCGCACAUUGACCGUACUAGUUUGCAGCCGUUGACUGUCAAAGUUGGCCUGACUAUCAGCUUGAAUGUCAACAUUAUUGGAGAACCCCCUCCAAUUGUCACUUGGUCCAUUGGAGAGACCCAAUUGAAGACAGAUGAUGUCUAUCGCAUUGAUAACAUUGACUACAACACAAAGUUCUUUGUAAUGAAAGCCAAACGCAAGCACACUGGUAAGUACACGAUUCGUGCUACCAAUGAAGUUGGAGAAGACGAAGCGGAAAUUGAAAUCACUGUUGUUGGUAAGCCAACUAAACCCAAGGGUCCGCUCUCGGUUACCGAUGUCACUAAGCAUGGUUGCAAAUUGAAAUGGCACAGACCAGACGAUGAUGGUGGCUGCCCUAUUGAGUACUACGAAAUCGAAAAACUGGAUCCACUUUCUGGAACUUGGGUUUCUUGUGCCAGAUCCACUGAGCCUGAAGCUAAUAUCACUGGGUUGCUUGAGGGCAAGCCUUACAAGUUCCGUGUUAAGGCUGUUAACAAAGAGGGUGACUCUGAAGAGUUAGAAGCCGAUAAAUCAAUAAUCGCCAAGAAUCCGUUCAACGAACCCAGCAAGCCAGGACGUCCUGAUCUCAAGGACUGGGACAAAGAUUUCGUGGACUUGGCCUGGACUCCACCGGAAGACACUGGUGGAGCGGCUAUUGAAAAGUACAUCGUCCAGAUGCGCGACAAGGACGGAAGGACGUGGGUUGAUGCCGCCAUGGUUGUUGGUGACAGAACCACUGCUAAAGUUACAGAAGGAAUCGAACCUGGGCAUGAAUACGAGUUCCGUGUGGUUGCAGUCAAUCGCGCAGGACCUAGUGAACCCAGUGACGUUUCCAAGAGUGUUGUAGCCAAGCCAAGAUUCUUGGCUCCAAGAAUUGACAGGAAGAACCUGGCGAAGAAAAUUCUCAGGAUUGGCCAGAUGCUGCGGUUGGAGGCUGACAUAAAAGGUGAGCCACCACCACAAGUCACCUGGAAGUACAAAGACACGGUCCUGAAGCCGAUGGAUCGUCUUAAGAUUGACAACGAAGAAUACCACACGUUGUUCAUUCUCAACAAGUUGAAGCGAGCUGACACAGGAACUUAUACUGUUAUAGCUACCAAUGACAGUGGAACCGAUCAGGUUGACAUAGAGCUGGUGGUUCUUAGCAAGCCUACCAAACCUAAAGGUCCAUUGGAUGUUUCUGAUGUCACAGCGGAGGGUUGUAAGUUGAAGUGGAAUCCGCCUGAUGAUGACGGUGGCGAACCGAUUGAUCAUUAUAUUGUUGAACGCAUGGAUGUUGAUACUGGAAGGUGGGUUCCUUGCGCGACAAGCAAAACUCCAGAGGCGGAAAUUGGAGGGUUGAAUGAAGGAAAAGACUACAUGUUCCGUGUGAAAGCCGUCAACGCUGAAGGCGACUCGGAACCUUUGGAAACUGAUCUUCCGACCACUGCUAAGAAUCCUUUCAGAGAACCAGACCCUCCUGGCAAGCCAGAUUUGAAAGACUGGGACAAGCGACAUGUUGUCCUUAAGUGGAAGCCUCCGAAACGUGACGGCGGAGCGCCGAUUGAAAAGUACAUCAUUGAAAAGAAAGACAUGUACGGAAAGUGGACGAAAGCUGGCGAAGUUCCUGGGGAAAAACUCCAAGGCACGGUUGAAGAUUUGACUGAAGGGCAGAAGUAUCAAUUCAGAAUCAAAGCUGUUAAUAAAGGAGGAGUCAGUCAACCCAGUGAUGCCAGUGAUAUUUUGACCGCUAAAGAUAGAUAUGCAGCUCCGAAAAUUGAUCGUACCAAUCUUCGUGAUCUCACGGUCAAGGCUGGUAAUCAAAUAAAGCUGGAUGUUAAAGUAUCUGGAGAACCUCCGCCAGACAAGGUUUGGUGGCACAACAAAGUUCGCCAGGAAGAUGGAGUUAGUCUUACUAUUGAGAUGGAAGAUUAUAGGACUAAGUUCAUUAUUCCUUCGGCGACGAGGAAGCACUGUGGGCAGCUGACUCUUAAGGCGGAAAAUGAUUCCGGUAAAGAUGAAGCUUCGAUUGAAAUUUUGGUGCUAGAUAGACCAGCCAAGCCUGAAGGACCGCUUAAGGUCAGUGAUGUUCAUAAGGAGGGAUGCAAACUUAAAUGGAAUCCUCCAAUUGAUGACGGUGGCGCUCCUAUUGAACACUACGUUGUCGAGAAAAUGGACACUGAAACGGGAAGAUGGAUUCCUGUUGGAAGAACUAAGGAUAAUAAUUUUGAAGUUGAAAAUUUGGUACCUGGGCAAGAGUAUAAGUUCCGGGUCGCCGCGGUCAAUGCUGAAGGAGAGUCUGAACCUUUGGUGACGGAUCAUAGUAUUAUCGCCAAAAAUCCAUUUGAUGAGCCAGGACCACCAGGUAGACCAGAAGCAACCGACUGGGACAAAGACCACGUUGAUCUCAGAUGGACUCCUCCAUUACAAGACGGCGGGUCUCCAAUAACUGGCUACAUGAUCGAGAAACGCGAAAAGGGCUCUCAAAAAUGGAUGAAAGCUUGCGAGACAAACAGUCCCGAGUGCAAAGGUCGUGCAGAAAACCUUGACGAAGGUGUCGAGUACGAGUUCAGAGUCAGAGCUAUCAAUGCUGCUGGUCCUGGUGAACCUUCUGACGCCAGCAAAGCAAUCAUGGCUAAGAGUCGCAGAGUUCCACCGAAAAUUGAUAGACGUAAUCUCCGCGAUGUUCAUAUUCGCGAGGGUGAGCGCUUCCACUUUGACGUUAAAGUUAUCGGUGAACCGGCUCCUGAGGUCACCUGGGUUAUCAAUGACAAGAAUAUUCACAUAACGACCUACCGUCGUGUCGUUAAUGAGCCGAAUAACACCAAGUUCUACAACGACAAGGCUGAACGCAAAGACACUGGAAUUUACAAGAUUACAGCUGUUAAUCAGUUUGGAAGUGAUACUGCUGAAGUCGAGGUCACUGUUAUUUCAAGACCAUCAAAGCCCGAAGGACCUCUGGACGUGUCAGACAUCACCAAGAACGGUUGUACCCUCAAAUGGAGAAAACCCAAAGACGAUGGUGGCGAACCAAUCGAAGGAUAUCUCGUGGAGAAAUACGACCCGGAGACUGGUGUUUGGUUGCCAGUUGGCAAGUGUGCGGGUACUGAGAUGAAGGUUGAUGGUUUGACUCCCGGUCACGAGUACAAAUUCCGCGUUAAAGCCCUCAAUUCUGAGGGAGAAUCUGAGCCGCUUGAGACUUAUGGAUCUAUCAUCGCCAAGGAUCCAUUCACGGUACCAUCGCCUCCUGGUGCUCCUGAGCCGACAGACUGGUCAGCAAACACAGUAGACUUAACCUGGCGAGAACCUUUCUCGAAUGGUGGCUCUCCAAUCACUGGGUAUAUUAUUGAGAAGAAAGAUAAAUACAGCGCUAUGUGGGAAAAGGCUUUGGAAUUGACUUCCCCACAGUUAGAAGCACAUUUAACGGGAUUGAUUGAAGGAAAUGAAUAUCAGUUCCGUGUUAUUGCUGUCAACAAAGCUGGACAGUCGGAACCUGGUGAUGUUAGCAAGACAUUCCUUGCUAAGCCACGUUUCCUUGCUCCAAAGAUCGACCGAAGACACCUGAAGGACAUAACCCUAUCAGCAGGUUCAACCCUGAAAUUCGACGCAAAUAUUAUUGGAGAACCGGCACCACACGUCGACUGGCGUUGUUCAUCUAUACCAAUCGUCUCUAACAAAACAGUCACCCUCGAGAAUCCUCCUUACAGCACCAAACUGGUGAUCAGACCAGUGGCUCGAAACAACACCGGGGAGUACGUGGUCACAGCGACCAACAGCUCGGGCAAGGACAGCGUCACCAUAAAUGUGGUCGUCACUGACAAGCCAUCUGCGCCUGAAGGUCCACUGGAGAUCUCAGACGUCCACAAAGAGGGCUGCAAACUUAAAUGGAAGCGUCCAAUAGACGAUGGUGGUACUCCUGUGGAAUACUACCAAGUCGAGAAAAUGGACCCGGACACCGGCUGCUGGAUUCCUUGUGGUAGGUCUCCUGAGCCUCAUAUGGAUGUCAUCGGGUUGACUCCCGGAAAAGAGUACAAGUUCCGUGUGUCUGCUAUUAAUGCUGAAGGAGAAUCAGAACCACUCACUGCCGAGGAAACUAUAAUCGCUAAAAAUCCAUUCGAUGAGCCUGACAAGCCUGGAAAUCUCAAAGCCACAGACUGGGAUCGUGAUCAUGUGGAUCUUGAAUGGACACCUCCGUUGAGUGACGGAGGUUCGCCGAUUACUGGAUACAUAAUCGAGAAGAAAGACAAAUAUGGUGACUGGGAAAAAGCCCUGGAAGUAUCUCCAGAGUUAACUUAUGCAACAGUUCCAGAUUUGAUAGAAGGCCAGCCGUAUGAAUUCCGCGUUCGCGCAGUUAAUGCAGCUGGUCCCAGUGAACCUUCCAAUGCAACACCAACAAUAAUCGCUAAGCCACGCAACCAGCCGCCAAUGAUCGACCGUACGAACCUGGAAGACAUAAAAAUUAAAGCUGGCCAGAACUUCAGCUUUGAUGUUAAAGUCAGCGGAGAACCUCCGCCAAAGACAAGCUGGUUGUUAGGGGUCAAGGAACUUUACCCAACUGAUCGUAUCAAGAUUAAGAACGUAGAAUACGCAACCAACUUUGCCGUCCGGAUGGCUACUAGAGCCGACUCUGGAAGAUACACUCUCAAUGCUGAGAAUUCCAGCGGUAAGGAUUCAGCUACUGUUAGAGUUAUUGUCUUAGAUAAACCCGGAGUACCGGAGGGACCGCUAAGAGCUUCAGAUGUCCAUGCAGAAGGAUGUACUUUGUCGUGGAACCCGCCGGAGGAUGAUGGAGGACAGCCUAUUGAGUGCUACGUCGUCGAGAAAAUGGAUGACGCGACUGGAAGAUGGGUACCAGCCGGUCAAACAGAUGGUCCAGAGACUACUCUGAAGAUUGAUGAUCUGACCCCGAGACACAAGUACAAAUUCCGUGUUCGUGCUGUUAAUAAACAAGGAAAAUCAGAUCCACUGACGACUACUCAAAAUAUUGAAGCUAAGAAUCCAUUUGACGAACCUGGAAAACCAGGAACUCCCAAAAUCACGGACUUUGACCGUGAUUUUGUUGAACUGGCCUGGGCUCGGCCGGUUGAAGAUGGAGGAUCUCCAAUUAUUGGGUACGUUAUUGAAAAGAGAGAUAAAUUUAAUCCUAAUUGGGAAGAAGUUAGCAAAGUUGAAGGAGACGUUACUCAUGGAAGAGUCAAUGAUUUAAUAGAAGGUACUUCUUAUGAAUUCCGUGUUCGCGCUGUAAACAAAGGUGGUCCUGGCGCAGCUUCAGAUCCUACUAGUCCGCACAUUGCAAGACCGAAGAAUUUGCCACCGAAAAUCGACCGCAAAUACAUGCUGGAUGUCAAAGUCAAGGCUGGUGCGUUCUUCGACUUUGAUGUUCCGGUUAUUGGUGAACCACCACCAACCAAAGAAUGGAACUUGAAGGGCAAUAUGGUCACUAAUGAUGACCGUAUUAAGAUUACCAACACGGAUUACAACACCAAGGUGCGUUUCAUGGACGCUAGACGUACAGAUUCGGGUACUUACACGUUGACAGUUAAGAAUGUCAACGGUGUAGACAGCGCUACGUUGGAAGUUAUCGUAAUGGACGUUCCAUCUCCACCAGAGGGUCCACUUAAGAUUGACAACGUCACUAGACACGGCUGUACACUCAGCUGGAGAGUUCCAAGAGAUGAUGGAGGGGCUGAGAUCCUUCACUAUAUGAUCGAAAAAAUGGACUCGGAAAGCAUGCGCUGGGUACCUGCAGCUGAAUCAGAUAUAUGCACUUACAAAGUCGAUCAUUUGAUAGAAGGACAUCAAUACACGUUCCGUAUUCGUGCUGUGAACAAAAUUGGAGAGUCAUUGCCUUUGACAGGGCUUGAUGAAAUCACUGCCAAGGAUCCGUUCGGCAAACCCGACAAACCUGGCCAGCCAAUUGCUACUGACUGGAACAAAGACUACGUUGAUCUUGAAUGGACUCCACCGAAGAAAGACGGUGGAUCUCCAAUCACUGGGUACAUUAUUGAGAAACGUCCGCGCUUUGGACAAUGGGAAAAAGCCUUGGAAGUUUCCGGAGGAAAGAAUUGCACUGCCAAGGUGCCAGAUCUUACAGAAGGUCAGGAAUAUGAGUUCCGCGUGAUUGCAGUCAACCAAGGUGGACAAGGAGAGCCUUCAGAAGCCUCAGCGCCGGUGAUUACCAAACCAAGGUUCCAGGCUCCGACAUUUGACAAGAUGUUGAUGCGAGACCUGACGGUGCGAGCUGGCCAGAAGAUCAGUUGGGACCUUCCCAUCGAGGCGGCUCCUAAGCCCACUGCCUACUGGAGUCUAAACGGCAAACCGAUUGAGCAAGAUGUUCGCCAUGAAAUAUUUACCACGACGACCAACACAACCUUUGAAAUUCCCUUCUCGGUACGAUCUGACGCUGGUCGUUACACUUUGAACCUAGUUAAUGACGUUGGAAAAAUAUCAGCUAGCGCUCAUGUCACGGUGCUGGAUCGUCCUUCACCACCAGAGAAACCACUGGUGGUAAGUAACAUUUGCAAGGACAGCUGUCAUCUUUCAUGGCAGUUACCGCUCGACGACGGUGGAAGUCCAAUUCUUCAUUACAUCGUCGAGAAGAUGGACGUCUCACGAGGAACUUGGUCUGACGCGGGUAUGGCGAUGACUUUGAACCACGAAGUUUUCAGACUGACUCACCGAAAGGAGUACUACUUCCGUGUGAAGGCUGUGAACAACAUCGGCGAGUCAGAUCCUCUGGAAACAACCCGCAGUAUUGUGGCUAAGAAUGAGUUCGAUGAGCCUGAUGCACCUGGUAAGCCCAAGAUUGUUGACUGGGACAAAGACCACGUUGACCUGACCUGGCCAGCUCCUGAAAACAACGGAGGAUCGCCUAUCACUGGAUACAUUGUUCAGAAGAAGGAGAAAGGCAGUCCCUACUGGAUCAACGCCGUUCACGUUCCUAGUGACAAAACUAGUGCGACUGCUCCGGACCUCACUGAAGGAAUGGAGUACGAGUUCAGGGUAAUUGCGGUUAAUGCUGCCGGACAGUCAGAACCUUCGGAACCAAGCGAUACGGUAAUUGCCAAGAGUCGUCAUCUGGCACCUAAAAUUCAAACUCCGUUGGAUGACAUUAGAAUCAAAGCCGGAUUGGUCUUCCAUGUUGAUAUUCACUUCAUCGGAGAACCUACACCUGAAGUAACUUGGACUUUGAACAACAAAGAGGUUAUUACUAAUGAAAAAACAACGAUUACUUCCAUUGGAUACCACACAAUCGUGCACACUGUCAAUGCUCAACGUGCUGAUUCAGGUCGUUACCAUCUUACAUUGAAGAACGAAAGCGGUGCUGACGAGGGCAGCUUCAACCUCAUUGUCCUCGACCGUCCAGGUCCACCUGAAGGUCCACUAGAGUACGAAGAAAUUACUAGCCAGUCGGUUACUUUGUCCUGGAAACCACCGAAAGACAAUGGUGGUAGUGAAAUUACUGGGUACGUUAUUGAGAAACGUGAUUUGACUCACGGAGGCGGUUGGGUACCGGCUGUUAACCACGUCAGCCCUACUCAGACCCACGCAACUGUUCCAAGGUUGAUGGAAGGCUCGAAAUACGAGUUCCGAGUCUCGGCAGAAAACUUGCAAGGUCGUUCAGAUCCUCUGAAAACUGACAAACCUAUCGUCGCAAAGAAUCAAUUCGUUGUUCCUGGACAACCAGGUAAACCCGAGUGCUUGGACUCUAGCAAAGAUCAUAUUCACAUCAAAUGGACUCCGCCAAUUAGCAACGGAGGAUCCGCCAUUCUUGGGUACGAGAUUGAGAGACGUGAUCGCGCUACUGGUCGCUGGAUAAGAAUCAACAAGGAACUGGUCAAGAUACCUGAUUACCUUGACGAACAUGUUUCUGAAGGUCAUCAGUAUGAGUACCGUGUUUCUGCAGUUAACGCCGCGGGAGCCGGAAAGCCAAGUGACGCUUCCAACGUCUUUGCUGCUAGGCCAAUGAAAGAGAAGCCUAAGCUUCACCUUGACGCUCUUAUGGGCCGUAAGAUCCGCGUUCGUGCUGGAGAACCAAUCCACGUGGAUAUUCCGAUCUCCGGAGCACCAACUCCAAGAGUCACUUGGCUGAAAGACGCUGGUCCAUUGGUGGAUAACUACCGAAUUUCCACGCAAACCAAAAGUGAACACACUGUUCUGCUGAUUGAGAAGUCUACUCGCGAAGACGCUGGAUUCUACUCCGUGGAAGCGACCAAUGAAUUUGGAAGCGACAUGGCUGACAUCCAGGUGAUCGUCGUAGACAAGCCUGAUCCGCCUAAAGGACCGCUUCUGUACUCUGGAACCAACCACGAGUCAGUGUCAUUGUCCUGGAGUCCACCUGACGACAACGGUGGCGCUGAGAUCACCAACUACAUCGUUGAAAUGUGCGACUUUGGAAUGGACAACUGGCGCCAAGUACCUGGCUUCUGUCCAACUUGCCACUUUACAGCCCGAGGAUUGCAAGAAGGCCGUCGGUAUAUCUUCAGAGUACGUGCUGAGAAUCUCUACGGAGUAUCAGAGCCUCUGGACGGUAAGCCCGUGGUGGCUAAGAGUCCUUUCGAUCCUCCAGGUCCACCAAGUCAGCCAGAAAUUCUUGGUUACACGCCCAACACUUGUACUCUCACCUGGAAUCCACCAGACAACACUGGCGGUAAGCCUAUUACUGGUUACUACGUAGAGAAACGCGAACGAGGCGGCGAAUGGCUCAAGGUCAACAAUUACGCGACACCCAAUACAACAUUCUCCGUUCAAGAUCUUCAUGAAGGUGGUCGCUAUGAAUUCCGUGUGAUUGCUGUUAAUGAAGCUGGACCAGGAGACCCUAGCAGAGCCACUGACCAGAUUGUCGCUGGACACCAACGAUUAAGGCCAGACGCUCCUGAGCAACCUAACGCUGACCGAGUUACCAAAGAUUCAGUUACUCUGUCAUGGAGACCACCUAGAAACGACGGUGGUGCUAAGAUUCGCGGUUACUACGUUCAAUCCAAGAGGAAAGACGAGUCUGAUUGGUCAGAUGUCAAUGGAGCUCCAAUCUCUGGACUUAUCUACACUGUGCCCAAGUUGAGACUCGGAGACGAGUACCAGUUCCGUAUAAUUGCUAUGAAUGACGUUGGCAAGAGCGAGCCAAGUCGUCCAACGAAUCCCAUCACCAUUGAAGAACAACCUAACAAACCGAUCAUGGACUUGGGAGGCGUCAGAGACAUCACAGUCCGCGCUGGAGAAGAUUUCAGCAUUCACGUUCCGUAUGUCGGCUUCCCAAGACCCAUGGCUUCUUGGUUUGCAAACGACGUCGUUCUGGAUGAAACAGACAGAAGAGUUCAUCAAAAACUUGAAGAUGAUUACGCAAGUAUUGUCGUUAAGAACUCAAAACGCUCUGAUGGAGGUCAGUACCGUCUUCAGCUGAGAAACUCUUCUGGAUUCGACACUGCCACUGUCAAUGUUAGAGUUCUUGACCGUCCAAGCCCACCGCAGAACCUCAGAGCCGACGAAUUUGCAGGAGAAGCUCUUACAUUGUACUGGAACCCGCCUAAGGACAAUGGCGGAGCUGAUAUUACUAAUUACGUGAUUGAGAAACGUGAAAGAUCCCAGUCUUGGACCAAGAUCAGUGGCUACGUCACUGCUCCAUUUGUUCGUGUACGUAAUCUCAAUAUCGGACAGGAGUACGAGUUCCGCGUGAUGGCUGAAAACCAAUACGGAACUUCUGACCCAGUUGAAACUAAAGAACCAAUCAAGGCGCGCUAUCCAUUCGAUCCUCCGAGCGCUCCGGGAGUACCUCAAGGUGUCGAGACUACAGAAGACAGCAUCACCAUCACCUGGUCGAGACCAAGAAGCGAUGGAGGCUCACCGAUCACCGGUUACAUUAUCGAGAAGCGUAUGAUCAGCGAAGACAAGUGGAUUAAAGCAACUCCAGCACGUAUUCCUGACACUACUUACAAGGUAGGAGGACUGAUUGAGAAUCACGACUAUGAAUUCCGGGUUGCAGCAGUUAAUGCUGCUGGACAAGGUCCAUGGAGCAUGAGUUCAGACGCUAUUCGUGCAGCUGCACCACAAUUUGCGCCCAAGAUCACUAGCGACCUGAGCAUCCGCGACAUGACUGUGAUUGCUGGUGAACAUUUCACCAUCACUGUUCCGUUUAACGCUAACCCGAAACCCAGACCCAACUGGUCGAUAAACGGAGAAGAAGUUAUCCAAGAUGACAGAAUAAAAUUCGAGACAACAGAAGUAGCUUCGCAGUUUAUCAACCGAAAGGCCAAGAGAAGCGAUACUGGUUGUUACACUAUUCAACUGGCCAAUUCAGUUGGCACAGACUCAGCUUCUUGCCGAGUUUUGGUCGUCGAUAAACCAUCACAUCCUCUGGGACCACUCGAUGUAUCUGACAUUACUCCUGAAACUUGCACCCUGUCCUGGAAAGCGCCAUUUGACGAUGGUGGUUCACCAGUUACCAAUUAUGUUGUUGAGAAAUUGGACCCUGGCGGUUACUGGGUAAAAUUAAGCAGUUUCGUACGCAACACGCACUACGACGUAAUGGGUCUUGAACCCAACAAAAAGUUCAACUUUAGAGUGCGUGCUGAAAAUCAGUACGGAAUAUCCGAGCCUCUGGUAGGCGACGAGCCAAUAAUGGCCAAAUUCCAGUUCAACGUUCCCGAGCCACCUGGUCAACCAAGAGUCAUCGACUGGGACACUGACAGCAUCACCAUUUCUUGGGACAAGCCAGUUUCAGAUGGUGGAUCAAGGAUUCAAGGGUACAAAGUGGAGUAUCGCGACCCUACAGACGGUAGCAGCUGGCGCAUAGCCAAUGACUACCUAGUGAAAGACACCCACUACAUCUGCUACGGAUUGGCUCGCGGUCAGGAGUAUGAAUUCCGUGUCCGGGCUCAAAACGCCGCUGGACUCAGCAAACCCAGUCCACCCUCGAUACAAUUCAAACUGCGCAGCAAAUUCAACGUACCUUCACCACCUGGAACUCCACAGGUCAUCAAGGUCGGCAAGAACUACGUAGACUUAAGAUGGGAGGCUCCAACUUCUGACGGAGGUAGCCGAAUCACUGGAUACGUUAUCGAGAAGCGAGAAAUCGGCUCGGCUAUCUGGAUGAAGUGCAACGAGUACAACGUGGUAGAUCUUGAUUACACCGUGAUGCAUUUGAUUGAAAGAGGCGAUUACGAGUUCCGAGUGUUCGCAGUGAACGCUGCUGGAAAAUCUGAAGCGAGCUCAUGCACAACACCCGUCAAAGUCUGCGAAGUUGAGGGCGGAGAGAAACCAGAGUUCACCAAGGCGCUACCAGUCAGCCAAGGAGUUCCCUUGGGCAAAACUUACGUCCUGGAAUGCGAAGCUACCGGCAGACCAAUGCCUACACCCAGAUGGCUGCGCAACGGCCGGGAAAUCACAAUGGGCGGAAGAUUCAGAUGCGAAAGCCGCGACGACGGUCUUUUCAGACUUGUUAUCUCAGAAGUUUGGGAAGCUGACAGCGGAGAUUACGCUUGCCAGGCUUCUAAUCCUCUUGGAAUAGCCACGACAACGAUGAGACUAAAGAUUGGAACACCACCGAGGAUUGAGCGCAUGCCAAGUGACCUUUACUUGCCGGAGAAGGACAACACCAAGAUCAAGAUCUGGUACAGCGGUGAUCAACCAAUGGACGUAGUCCUCAAGAAGGACGGCUCCAAGGUGGUCGAGUCUGCACACAUCAAGUACACUAUCUUCGACGAGUAUUUGAUUAUUUUCAUCAAGGACAUAAACCGCGAAGACGAAGGUCUUUACGAGUUGUCCAUCAGCAAUGACAGUGGCAGUGUAAGCGGAUCCUUCAACGCUCGCGUUACCGGACCACCUGGACCGCCUGUUGGACCACUGGAGGCUUCUGACAUCGACAAGCACACAUGCACACUUGCUUGGCACCCACCCAAGUCAGACGGUGGUCUCAAAGUCACUCACUACGUCGUAGAACGUCGCGACGUCACUCAAGGACACUGGCUGACCAUCUCCAGCUCUGUCAAGGACACCACCUUCAUUGUCCAAGGCCUGAACGAAGGACACGAGUACAUGUUCCGUGUGAUGGCCGUCAAUGACAACGGAAUGGGUCCCGCUUUGGAAGGAACCAAUCCCAUCAAGGCUAAAGCGCUCUUCGACCCGCCAGGACCUCCCGGAACGCCCAAAGUUCUGGAGAUUGGUGGAGACUUUGUCAACCUGUCUUGGACCAAGCCUGAGACCGACGGAGGAGCUAGAGUCCAAGGCUACUGGAUCGACAAACGCGAAGCAGGUACCAUUGCCUGGCAACGCGUCAACAUUCUCAUCUGCCCUACGACUCAGAUAAACGUCAGCAACUUGAUCGAAGGUCGUCAGUACGAGUUCCGCGUGUUUGCCCAGAACCAAGCUGGACUCAGUCCAGAGUCUACUGCUUCUACAUCGGUUAAGAUCGUCGAUCCUCAGGUGUCCAAGCCUCCAGAGAUAAUCCAGGGUCUGAAGAAAAUAAACUGCGCUCAGAAUGCAAACGCUACCUUCAAGUGUGUGAUCACUGGCUCUCCUACGCCUCACAUCACCUGGUACAAGGGAGCUAGAGAGCUCCAGAACAGCAGCCGCUACCAGAUAUUCUCCGAGAAUGAUUGCCAUACUCUGGUGAUUCAGGAUGUCUUUGGUGAAGAUGCUGAUGAGUAUAUCUGUCGCGCUUCCAACAAGGGAGGUCACAAAUCCACCAAAGGUGAAUUAUUCAUCAUGACACCUCCUAAACUUAAUGUACCUCCAAGGUUCCGUGACACUGCCUUCUUCGACAAGGGCGUCAAUGUCGUGAUUAAAAUUCCUUUCACUGGAUUCCCCAAGCCCAAGAUCCACUGGAUUCGCGAAGGUGAAACUAUUGAGUCUGGAGGUCACUACAACGUCGAGCUUAAAGAACGACACGCGAUCUUGACUAUCAGAGACGGAAACCGCAUUGAUUCUGGACCGUACAGAAUUACAGCUGAAAAUGAACUGGGACAAGACUCAGCUAUCAUUAAGAUUCAAAUUAGCGAUCGUCCAGACCCACCACGCUUCCCAGUUAUUGAUAACAUUGGUCACGAUUCAUUGGCACUUACUUGGAAGCCUCCACUGUGGGACGGUGGUAGCAACAUCACCAACUACGUGGUUGAAAAACGGGAAGCUCCGAUGACCAGCUGGAUCAGGUGUGGUAUGACGCGAUUCACCAGCUUCGCUGUUCAAGAUUUGAGUCCUGGUCAUCAGUAUGACUUCCGUGUGUGUGCUGAAAAUGUAUACGGAAGAUCUGACCCCAGUGAAGUCACACCGCUGAUCACGACCAAGGGUGCUAAAAAGAAGGCGCCGGAAAAACGCGAAGUCCGGUAUGAUGAAAGCGGCAAGAAGAUCCGCGGAAGCAGCGAUGAAAAAGUUCGCGACUAUGAUCAGUUUGUCUUUGACAUCUACAGCAAGUACGUGCCCCAGCCUGUUGAAAUUAAAACCAUGUCAGUCUACGACAGAUAUGAUAUUCUUGAAGAAAUUGGUACCGGAGCAUUCGGAGUCGUUCAUCGGUGUCGUGAACGCGCUACUGGAAAUAUAUUCGCGGCUAAAUUUAUCCCAGUGUCGCAUAUUAUGGAGAAGGAGCUGAUCAGGAAGGAGAUAGAUAUUAUGAACCAGCUGCACCACCAGAAGUUAAUAAACUUACACGAUGCAUUUGAAGAUGACGAUGAAAUGAUUUUGAUAUUCGAGUUUUUGUCAGGUGGAGAAUUGUUCGAGCGAAUCACUGCUGAAGGCUACAUCAUGUCGGAAGCUGAAGUUAUUAAUUACAUGAGACAGAUCUGCGAGGGUAUCAAGCACAUGCAUGAGAAGAACAUCAUCCACUUGGAUAUCAAGCCGGAGAAUAUCAUGUGCCAAAUGAGAAACAGCACCAAUGUUAAGCUGAUUGACUUUGGCUUAGCUACUAAAUUAGAUCCUAAUGAAGUGGUCAAGAUCAGCACAGGAACUGCGGAAUUCGCAGCGCCUGAAAUUGUAGAGCGGGAACCUGUUGGGUUCUACACAGACAUGUGGGCUUGCGGAGUCCUGGCUUACGUUCUGCUCAGUGGUCUUUCGCCUUUUGCUGGAGACAAUGACAUUGAGACGCUUAAGAAUGUCAAGGCUUGCGACUGGGACUUUGACGAGGAGGCCUUCAGGCAUGUUUCUGACGAGGGUAAAGACUUUAUCCGCAGACUGCUGAUCAAGAACAAGGAAAAACGUAUGACUGCUCAUGAGUGUCUAGUACACUCGUGGUUGACCGGAGACCACAGCGAUCUUACUGGCAGAAUUGCUGGCAGCAAGUACAUCAGGUUCAGGGAUAGAAUUAGGGCCAAGUAUGAUGACUGGGAGAAAUACGUUCUACCUAUUGGACGACUUGCGGAAUACUCGUCGCUUAGGAAAUUACUUAUUGAGAAAUACAAGAUUUAUGACUCGUCUUUCGAUCGAAGACAAGCAGCUCCAAGAUUUGUUAUCAAGCCACAAAGUGCGUUUACUUAUGAAGGACAGAGUGUCAAAUUCACGUGUCGUGUGAUAGCUAUUGCUGCUCCAACUCUCACGUGGUUCCACAAUAACCAGGAACUUAGACAGUCUGUUAAAUUUAUGAAGAGAUACGUCGGUGAUGAUUACACCUUCAUCAUCAACAGAUCCAAGUUGGAGGACAGAGGAGAGUAUGUUAUUCGGGCUGAAAAUCACUAUGGAUACCGGGAAGAAGUUGUCUUCCUUAAUGUCCAACCUCUUCCAAGAGAAAUGCCACCAUACAAACCGGACAUCGCUCCAGUACGUAGACGCGAACCAUUACCACAGUACUUCUGGCUUGAGACAACAGAAUCAGCACCCAGCUUCACCUUCGAGCUCAGACCUCGUGUCAUGCAGGAACGACAGUGCUGCAAACUGCUCUGUUGUCUCAGCGGUAAACCUCCUCCAUCCGUCAGGUGGUUCAGAGACAGUCGGGAAUUGUCGAAACACGAGUACGCGAUGUCUCAUUCCGAUGGUGUCGUCACUAUGGAAAUCAUUGACUGCAGACCAUCGGACAGUGGAAAGUACAAGUGUGUGGCCACUAACUGCCAUGGAAGUGAUGAAACUAGUUGUGUUGUCAUUGUAGAAGGAAUGGGUGAGACUGAAGAACAAGAAAAAUUAGCUGAUAAUAUCUUGCACUCAGCAGACCGUAAAUUCAUUGAGCAGCCAAUAAAACCAGCACCGGCACAAGUUGUUAUCAAACAACAGUUUAGCAGCUACGCAAGUUCAAACAAAAACUCAUCAUUCUCCAGAACGACGACUGACUCUUCGAGUUUCAAGAAAUACGGCUCGAAAUUAGAUUCAACUGGAAGCCCGUCGAGGUCUAGGAAUGCAACUAAAGAACUUUUAUACCCAUCAGAUGAUUCAAUGCGACAACCAGAGUUUGUAACAAAACUUAAAGAUCUUAAAGUAAACGACGGCGAGCCAUUGGAACUGAGUGUUAAAGUAGACGGUGAUCCAGAACCCCAAAUCACAUGGACUAAGAACGGAAAGACUUUGAGAUCGUCAGAAGUAGUAGACCUUAAAUACAAGAGCCGAGUAGCAACUCUUGUAAUAAACGAAGUCUUCCCAGAAGACGAGGGAGAAUACACGUGUAAAGCUACCAACAGUAUGGGUGCAGCAAGCACAUCAUGUAAAUUAACUGUCAAACCAAUGACGAAUGCAAGUGGCAAAAAAUCAGGCGAUGACAAACCACCGAAGAUAGUCGACCAUCUCAAGAGUGCCUACGUCAAAGACGGCGAAGCGGUGGUACUGAGCUGCCGAAUAAUUGGCGCUAAGAAAUUCGAUGUUGUCUGGCUCCACAAUAACAAAGAAAUUAAACCCAGCAAAGACUUCAACUACUCGAAUGAAGCCAAUAUUUACAAACUUACUAUAGCGGAAAUUUUCCCCGAGGAUUCAGGCACUUACACGUGCGAGGCAUUCAACGACGCCGGUGAAAGCUUUUCUUCAUGUACACUCAAUGUUCUUGUUCCUAAUGAGGAACCAAAGAGCCCAGUGUUCGCGACAUUCCCAGAGUCGGCAACAGUAAACGAAGGUGAAUCAGUAAACUUUGCCUGCCGGACUGAAACUGCACCACUCAAGGUAACGUGGCUGAAAGAUGGUAAACCAAUCGAUGAAUCUAGUAGCAGAUAUCUAUUUAGUUCAGACGGCGACAAAUCCUUCGAAAUACGUAUUAAAUCAUGUACAGCUGGUGAUAUUGGUCAGUAUGCCGCGCGAGCGAUUGGCAAAAAAGGCGAAACAAUAUCAGCGUUUGCAUUAAAUGUCACUAAUCCUCAUGAUCAGUGA